UUUAUGCCCACUUCGCUUAUUCUUUUCAAGCAUAAUUUAUGCCACGCGAUUCUGUCCUGGUUAAAUCAAGCAGAAAGCUCCUUUCUCGCAUUCCUCCUCUUUUCUGAAGGUGGACUAUGGGGAGACUGUUUAACUUAAGUGUUUCUAUAGGGGGCUGUUGUACUUUAACUCCUGCCCACCAGCAGCCGCGACGAACAAAGCCGGGACUCGAGGUCUGACUCUUCAUCUUUCUUUGCGCUUUAAUUUUCAUUGAUUCUGAAUACAAGGGGAGCCCUCGGGGACUCUCUCUGAAGACGCGGACAGCCCCCCAAGCCAACCAUCUGCUCCCAACCAAAUGGCGUUUUUUCACAUCGCAACUGCAUGUCUCCACUGCCUCUCCGGGCCGCGCGCAGCCGCGCACACGCAGGCUUCUCCAAAUGAGACUGGAAGCAUGAGCGCAUGAAUGCCGCUGCUGGGCCAUAUGGUGCAUGAAGCUGCGGAUGAGCUUUCAUUCAGCUUAAGAUGGGUGUGAAGGGCUUACAGUACUUCAUGGAGACGUGCUGCGCAGACACGUGUGUGCCAGUGGAUCUGAAACAGAUGGCGGUGGAUCAUGUCAAAGCCCAUCCGGACAGAGCCGCCACAUUAGUAGUGGACGGAAUGGCCUGUUUAAGAUACUGGUAUCGCUGUCAAGCUUGGGUCCAUGGCGGUCAGUGGCAAGAGUACAUGCACAUCCUUCAAGAGUUCGUGGAUGCGUUCACGGCUGCAGGCAUAGGCUUAGUCUUUUUCUUCGACGGAACGGUCGAGGAUCAAAAGCGGCCAGAGUGGGUGAAGAGGCGCCUGAGAGUCAACCAAGACAUCGCGAGAAUAUUUCAGCACAUUAAGACUCACGGUCAGCAGCCGGACAGCAGAGACCUUUUCUGCCUUCCCUCCGGACUCGCAACCUUCUCCAGAUUUGCCCUCAAAAGCCUCGGCCAGGAAACACGGUGCUCUGUUCGCGAAGGAGAUUAUGAGAUUUCCGACUACACUUUGUCUCACGACUGCAUGGGCAUCCUCGGUCAAGACACAGACUUUGUUAUCUACAACACGGUUCCAUAUCUGUCCAUCAGUAAGCUCAGUUUGACCAACAUGACAACAGUGCUGUUCUCCAGAGAGCGGCUGUGCCGAGUUUUGAAGCUUCAUAUGACAGACCUUCCUCUCUUGGCCAGUCUGUUAGGUAAUGACGUGGUGUCUGAACAGCAAAUGCAGCGUCUCCGCAACAGCGCUUUGGAGUCAUUUCGAAAGAAACACAGGCAAGUUCAGGGAGACAAGGUCUACGCUGUUGCAGACUUCAUUAACGUUCAUCAUCCAGCAUUAGGUCUUUCCUCACUGUCGUUAGUUGAAGAAGAGAAAGAAGCUUUAGAAAAAGGCAUAGCAAUGUAUUUACUUCCAGGCCAAACAUCCCCUUGGUUAGAAAGCAGCCGUCCCGUUCCUGAGUCUGUGUGUUUGAUGGGCGAGUUUGUUCCAGGUGACAUAUUACAGGCGGCGCUAGAAAAGCACACACGGGCAGAGUGUUUCCUGCUCUAUAAUGUGUUAUAUGAUGGAGUCGUGGAGUGCAGUAACACGUUGGAAGAUGAGGAUGAGGUGGAGUUACCACCGCAAGCCGUCUUAUAUCUGCCUGUCCGAGAACGAAUCUACGGCCUUUUACUGCCAGUGCAGCCAGAUUGUUCUGGUCAGACUGUGUCCGUCAAAGAAUGGUUCGUCUUUCCAGGAAAUCCACUUACGGAGCCAACCAGGGUCACUCCAAAACCCCUUAAUAAUCGAAAAGGGUCCCCUGAUCUGAUGGCUCUGUGGUUUAGGACGGACCCAGAGGUGAAAGCAGUUCAGACAUCAACACUCCUGGAUGUCUUUGACCUGUAUGAGUUUACUGAAGAGCUGAAGACCUUUGACAGCCCUUUGAUUGCUGUGAUUUGUCUGGUAACCUACAUCGCCAUUCAGGCGAGACAGCUUUCCCUGGAAGACGUAGAUGCAUAUCUAAGCCAAGCUGUUUGUCUCAGACACAAAUCCUUCGGAGAAGUGCAACAGCUCUGGACCCCUUUUGUGGACCCUAGGGCCGUCCAGCUGGGCUCUCUCUUUGUGCGGGGUCUGACUUACCUCAUCGUAGCCAACAGUGCUUGUGGUUUCCCUUUCCCAAUGGGCGAGCUCAUGCCAUGGAAGACCUUCGACGGCCUGCUCUUCCAUUCAAAGUAUCUGCAAGCCCACUCAGGUUGUCCGAAAGAGGAGCUUCUUGAAGGAAAUUCGUCUGGGAUGUCUUUGUUCAUGUCCGUCAGAGAGCUGGUGCUGGAAGCCUGCAGGAGGCGCGGCGUCCCCAUCCACAGCCGACCGCGCAGACUACAACACAGCGAUGCGAGACCCGUGGAGGCCGAUGAUCUGCAUCGAGAAAGAGGACACCAGCUGCAUCCCAGCACACGGCAGGAGUUCAGACAGCAGCCCAGAGCUUCAGCACACUACCAGCACGGUUAUAGACCCAGACAUCCAAAGAGAGGAAGGUAUCACCUCGCACCACGAUGGCCACGAUCUCAAAACUAAACAACACUGACUGAUGAGAAAUAAAAUUUGUUUCUCUUGUGGAAACAAUUGUCACCCACAGAACAAAGCAUUUCAUUCUCAGAUGUGAAUGUUCAUGUCCAUGUUCUUGCCUUAAUUUAGAUUCUGCCCUUUUGUUUUGACUGCAGAUGUUUGUGACACACGUUGCUGCAGUACCAGUAAAAAUCACUCAAAAACAUCAAAUUGUACAUGAAUAUGUAUUUUAACAGUCAGAUAGGACAAACUGUGUUCAGUGACAUCCCUGAAAGCCCUCUUAUAGUGAGAUUACAGUCUUUUUUUCCCCUUCCACGUGGAUGAUAUGAAUCAGUGACCAAAAUGGAAGCUUCCUAAACUGUGUGCCAAACCCAUUCAUUCUGCUCAGACCCUAAUUAGUCUCAGAUGAUCUCUUACCUUUCAACUGCUGGUUUGGCCUUGACUCCAGUUGUUCACAAUUACAAAGAUUAUUUGUCUCCCUCAACACAUUCAGAUUCUAGAUUUUGAAGCAGCCAUUCUUAAAAAAAAAAAUGUAAUGAUAAUGUGCGUGUCAUUUCAUCAAAAGUCGCGGUUGUGGUUCUGGCAAAUCGUGACCAAAAUGUACUUCAACCCCAUAUUGGGUUGAUACUCUGUUUCAUAUCCAUCCUUUCUAAAAGUUCUAGUAUUACAGUUCAUCCAGUAUUUUAUGUCAUGCAAACAUUAAAAUCUGCCUGAAAUAUUGCAUGGAUUCGGCGUAUUACAUGUCCAUAGAAUUUUCAUCUUCAGCCAAGGGCACAUUUUCCAUAACUAAAAAACACGAUUGUUAUUCUUGUGAUUUAUCGAGAGGGGUUUUUUUUUGGUCCGUUCCCCUCUAUGCCCUUGCUGUGAAACAGUGGCUCUGCUACGUAUUGUUAAACACCCGAGCGGAAAUAGGAUAUGGAGAAAGUUCCACAGCUUAAGUGGUCAAAGCACAGCUCUUGCUCUUAUCUACAGAGAAAGAAAGCCGCAGGAAUGAAAAACAGUACUACACAAACACGUGACCCGGCAAGGGAUGGGAAGAGCAUAUAGGCACAGCAGGAAAUGGAGGCGACAGAUUUACUCAUGCAAAACAAUGUGCAGAUUGAUGAAUCCUUGGCAGUCGAAAAGCAUUUGAAAUCGACAGUAGGGGAUCAUUGGAAAUUGACAACCGUGAAACCAUCAUCAGUUAAGAAUAAAAUAUGAGUGGAAAAAAAUUACAUUUAAAUUAAUUUCACUAUAUAUAUAUAUAUAUAUAUAUAUG